UUCUACCCGUCUGGGGUCGAAACGGAUUAAAGGCAUUCUCGUCAGGACACUCGUUCCCAAAGCCGCUGCAUCAAAGUUCACUCGUAACGCAGUGCCUUCUACUUUCUUGAGUCGGCUAGAAUGACUUCUCGCGACGGGUACUGCUGGACGCCUGAGGACGGCCUCAAAGCUGGCGUACCAUCCCUCGGCGUUAUAUCACCUGCCUCCAACAUCAGCAGCUCAGAAGUCCUCUACGAUGUUAUAGUUAUCGGCGCAGGCUACUGCGGCCUUACUGCCGCCCGGAAUGCUGCCAUUGCUGGACUGAAAGUAUUGUUACUGGAAGGCCGCGAUCGCAUCGGCGGCCGCUCAUGGUCGUCCAACAUUGGUGGCUAUCCUUUCGAAAUGGGUGGCACAUGGGUCCACUGGGGACAAGCAAAUACCUGGCGCGAGGUUGUACGGUACCAGAUGGAAGGGGAAGUGGAGAAGAGUCAUGACUUCACGAACGGCGUGAAACACUUUGAGCUCAACACGCUGCAAGGGACGACCACGAUGAGCCAUGAUGAAGAGGAUGAGGUGACGGAAUCAGCAUUCAAAAAGUUUACAAACAUCGACGGCGCCUACGGCCGUGAAACAAUUCCACUUCCAUACACUACAUUCCGUAAUCCGGCUUCCAUACCCCUAGACUCGCAAUCAGCACAGGAUCGCAUCAAUGAGAUUGCGAAUGUCCUUACGGCUCAAGAGCGUGCUAUCCUCGAAACCUCCAUCCUCCUCUGUAGUGGCGGCACACUUGAGACGACUUCUUUCCAUGAGUUCAUGCACUGGUGGGCCAUGUGCGGAUAUACGUACCAAGGCUUCCUCGACUUACUGAUCACAUGGAAGUUCCGAGGCGGCCAAUCAACAUUUGCACGGAAGUUCUUCGACGAAGCACUUGCCACGAAACGGCUAUCCUACACCUUCAACACCCCGAUCAAACAUAUCAAAGACACUGGUUCCAGCGUUGCCAUCACAACUCGUACCGGCCAGACUUUCCGUGCCCUUCGCGUAAUCUCUACCCUACCGCUAAACGUCCUUGGCGCAGUAUCUUUUGACCCUCCACUCCCAGCCGGUAAACAGGCCGCGAUAGCAAUCGGGCAUGUCAACCAGACAAUCAAGGUCCACGCGGAAUUAUCCAACAAGGCCCUCCGAUCAUGGACAGGCGUGACGUAUCCUCACAACGAACUGUACUACGCCAUUGGCGACGGCACAACACCCGCUGGCAACACGCACAUUGUGUGCUUCGGUGGAAACAACAAACACAUGGAUCCCGAAGCCGACAUCUCAGUGACUCAGAACGCGGUUUCCUCGAUGUUCGAUCCGUCAAAUUACGGCGGCAAGGAAGUUGAGAUUCAAAGACUGGUUUUCCAUAACUGGAGCAAGGACGAGUUUGCUAAGGGCGCGUGGUUCUUUGCACCACCGAAACUGCUGGUCAACCAUCUUGAUGAUAUGAGAGCUCAGCAUGGAUCGAUUGUGUUUGCGAGUUCGGACUGGGCGCUGGGGUGGCGCAGUUUUAUUGAUGGUGCGAUCGAAGAGGGCACGAGGGCGGCGUUGCAGGUCACGAAGGACAUUGAAGCAUUGAAGGCUGGGAGACCAAGCCUGUAA